UGUAACUCCACCCUCCACUAAUCAUCAUCCUCCUCGUGUCUGAUUCAGAAAUGGAUGUUCACUUUGACUUUCCAGUUCUCUUUCUCUUUUCCUUGUUCACGUUUUUGCUUCUAAAUCUGGUUAUGAAAUCCAGGGCAAAACCAGUUUCUAAACUUCCUCCAGGGCCCUGGAAACUGCCUUUCAUAGGAAACAUCCAUCAGCUUGUUGGCUCUCUGCCUCACCAUGUCCUUACGGAUUUGGCAAAGAAAUAUGGUCCCCUGAUGAUGCUUCAAGUUGGUGAAGUUCCUACACUUGUUGUUUCCUCUCCCGAAAUGGCGAAAGAAAUAAUGAAAACACACGAUGUCGAAUUCGCCUUCAGGCCUCAAAUUAUUGCGACGGAGAUCAUGUCUUACAAUUCCACCAACAUUAUAUUUGCUCCAUAUGGAGAAUACUGGAGGAAUCUCAGAAAAAUCUGCACAUUUGAGCUUUUGAGUACUCGUCGAGUUCAGUCCUUUCGAUAUUUAAGGGAAGAAGAAACAGCGAAUUUGAUCAGAUGGGUAGCUAGAAAUGCAGGAUCGCCAAUAAAUCUCACGGAGAAGUUUUUCUCAUCUAUGUACACAAUCACUUCCAGGGCGGCUUUUGGGAAGAAAAGCCCGGAACAAGAAGCAUUCAUUUCGAUUGUUGAGGAAGGCAUUAGAAUGUCAGCAGUAUUUAACAUUGCUGAUAUAUAUCCUUCCAUAAAGUUUUUGCACUUGAUCAGUGGUGUUAAAUCCAAAUUACAGAUUUUUCACCACAAAGCUGAUAGUAUUCUUGAGACCAUAAUUUCCGAGCACAGGGAACAGCAAGCUGCGAAAAUUGAUGAGCCUGAAGCCACAGCAGAUCUUGUAGAUGUUCUAUUAAAGUAUCACGACGGCGAAAAGCUUGAUUUUUCCCUCACGUCUGACAAUAUUAAAGCAGUUCUACUGGACAUUUUUGGAGCAGGAAGUGAGACAGCGGCAACGACGGUGGAUUGGGCAAUGGUUGAGAUGAUCAGGAAUCCAGGAAUCAUGAACAGGGCUCAAGAAGAAGUAAGAGAAGUUUUCAUAAGUAGUAAAGGAUAUGUUGAUGAAGAUGGCCUGGAAAAGCUUAAGUAUCUGAAAGUAAUCGUAAAAGAGACAUUGAGGCUACAUCCACCGGCGCCUCUGUUACUUCCAAGACAGAACAUUGAGAAAACAGAGGUCAACGGAUACGAAAUACCAGCCAAAACUAGAGUUUUAGUGAAUGCUUGGGCAAUUAACCGGGACCCUUUGUACUGGAAAGAUCCCGAAUCGUUUCAGCCCGAAAGAUUUCUGGAUAGCACAAUUGAUUACAAGGGAAAGCAUUUUGAAUACAUCCCGUUUGGUGCAGGAAGAAGAAUUUGUCCAGGGAUGCAGUAUGGUAUUGCGAAUGUUGAGCUUCCACUAGCCAAGUUGUUGUACCAUUUUGAUUGGAUUUUGCCGAUGAAAUUGGAGGAGUUAAGCAUGGAAGAAGUCUCUGGGAUUGCAGUAAGAAGGAAAGAUGAUCUUUGUUUAAUUCCCGUGAUCAUCAAUCCCCUUCCUGUUGAAUAAUGUUCCAUCUGCACUAGAAAUCUACAAGAAGAAAAGCUUCAAUGUUGGUUUGGCAUAUAUUUCUGGAAUUUGUUUAGGUCUGGGUUCAAAUGAUUCCAUAAUAGGAUUAUUAUUACCUAUAAAAACACCAACAUAUAUAAUAAUAGUAUUUUCUUACAAUCUGUGGGGGGAUAACAUACUUGGUUAAAUAACAAAUGAGGCAAAAAUAAUUCCUUCCUUGCGACAAAAUUGUGUGCGAAUUUCGUAUUUUGAAAAUCUAAAAGCAAAAGAGAUGCGAUAAAAAAUGCUUCCUAAAGGAUUUCUCCCUAAUUAAGCGCCAAAGGUUCAAUCAAGUUUGAGAGAACUCGUUUCUUGUCUUGUUCACCAAAUCCAUCUCCAUGUUGGUAAAUGAAAUGUGCUACCCUGGCUUGGUUGACCAAGUAGUGUCUGAUUGUAUCAUUCACAAAGGGAGUACUGAUUCUCUUGCUGAUGCAAAUGCCAUUGAUUUGCUUCCAUAUCUUUAAUAUUAUGCUUUUGAUGUGUUCCCUUGCAAUCUCUUCCGACACGUUUGAUUCUCUCAUAUAACACAAAAUCGACGAGGGAGCAUCUCCUCUCUCUAGUUCUGCCUACAAAUCGAGUUCUUCGAUUAGAGUCUUAUUUUUUGAACUAAAACAAUACAACAAACAAAUAUUUUCUUUUCUUUUUUU